AUAGAUGAAAAGCACUAGCCAAUAGAACUAGUAAGUUGUAAUACAAACAAAUGGAUUCUUCUACCUUUACUAAUGAACAAGCAAAAGAUCUAUUAGAAGCACAAAAUAAUAUAUGGAAACACACUUUCUACUACCUCAAAUCUAUGGCCUUAAAAUGUGCCAUUCAACUUGACAUUCCAGAUACCAUUCAUAAACAUGGAAAGCCCAUGUCUUUGAAUGAACUAGCCACUUCACUUCCAAUUCACCCCAAUAAUAUUCCUUCCCUUAAUCGUCUAAUGCGUAUUCUAGAAUCUUCUAACUUCUUCUCCAAGAAGCUUCUAGAAGAUGGACGAUAUGGGUUUGAUCUUACAUUGAGCUCCCAACUCUUGCUUAAAAACCACCCACUUACUCAAUAUUCAUUUGUUCUUACAGAACUAGACCCAGUACUAACUGAUCCAUCUCAUCAUCUUACAAGCUGGUUCCAAAAUGGUGCAGAAUCCUCCUUCCAUGUUUUAAAUGGAAUGAGUUUCUGGGAGCAUAUGAGCCAUGAUUCUAAGUUUAAUCAGUGUUUUAUUGAAGCCAUGGAAUGUGAUUCGAGAUUUGUAACAAGCUUGUUGGUGAAUAACAAGAGUUUUAAGGGCAUAUUUGAGGGUAUUGAAACGUUGGUGGAUGUAGGGGGUGGUAAUGGGACUACUGUUAAGGCCAUUACUGAGGCUUAUCCAUGGCUGAAGUGCAGUGUUCUUGACUUACCACAUGUUGUCCAAGGAUUACAGGAGAAAGCUUCAAGUAAUGUUAAGUUUGUAGCAGGUGAUAUGUUUGAAGCUGUUCCUCAUGCUGAUGCUGUCUUACUUAAGUGGAUACUGCAUGAUUGGAGUGAUAAAGAUUGCAUAAAGAUUCUAAAACUGUGCAAAGAAGCGAUCUCUAACAAAAACAAAGGAGGGAAAUUAAUAAUCAUAGAUAUUGUGGUGGAUUCUGAAAAUGAUCAUAUCAUAUCAAAGGAGUCUAAUACGAAGUAUUUAUUUGAUAUGCUGAUGAUGUCAAUUUGUGGAGAUGGAAAGGAAAGAACUGAACAACAAUUCAAAAAACUAUUUCAACAAGCUGGUUUUAGUGAUUAUAAGGUUCUUCCAAUUUUGGGUGUAAGAUCUGUCAUUGAACUCUAUCCUUAAAAUGUUUAUCAUUUCGAUAAAUUAUUUUUAAUCCACAAUUCAGUAUUGAUAUUUGCAAGCUCAUUGUCAACGUAUUUUGUUUUCAAUUGUUGAGUGCUACUAAUUUUAACAAUAUUGUUGUUUUAAAACAGAAAUAGUUUGAUGCAUCUCAGUAUAUAUUUGAUUGAAGUAACAUAAGCAGAGUUCAUCUCAAUUACUUAGCUUUCUUUUCAAUUAGCAAAGACCGUAAAAAUCAAUGGCCUUGAGCCCAUAAUACUUGCCUAUGUAUCUAAGAUGGAUGUUCAAACCCCAAAAAAAAAUGAAAAAUUCAAUUAAAAAAACAAUCAAAAAUCAAUGAAAAAAAUCAAAAAGGUUCAGACCAAAAAUAUCAAUGAAAAGAAAAAAAAUCAAAGGCUGCAAUGUUCAUCUCAUAAUUAAAUCAUAAAAUUUACUGAUAUCAUCCAAACCAAAACAAAAACUCAAAUUCAACAAUUAAUAGCAUACAGUACAAAUUGAAUUUAAACAAAACAAAACCAAAUUGCAAUAUCCUAAAAUUUGAACAAACAAUUAGCAAAAACCUA